AUGGAGGGAAAAGGAAAAUUCAAUUGCUCGAAGCCAGGAAGAGGAGACUGUAACCCCAGCAAUCCACAAUGCUCGCCCACCCUUCUUCCAGUGAAGAGUGGCAGCACGUACCGUCUACGCAUUGCCAGCGUGGCAUCCUUGUCGUCGCUCAACUUCAUCAUUCAGGGUCACAAGAUGACGGUGGUAGAGGCAGACGGGCAUUAUGUGGAACCCGUCGAGGUGGACAACCUGGACGUGUAUUCCGGAGAAUCAUAUUCCGUUCUGCUAAAAGCAAACCAGGACCCUUCUCGCAACUACUGGUCAGGAGUGAACGUGAGAAGCAGGGUGCCCAUGACGCCCACCGGACUGUCGAUCCUCAACUAUGUUCCCAACCCCUCCACCAAGCUCCCCGUUGGUGCGCCUCCCUCAAGCCCACCCUGGAACGACUUUACCUACAGCAAAGAUCUGGCCAAAAAAUAUGUGGCGCUCAAAGGAGUGGAAAAGCCUCCCCCUCUGCGAUUGGACAGGCAGCUGCUCUUACUGAACACACAGAACUACAUAAACGGGGCCAUAAAGUGGGCGAUCAACAACAUUUCGUUCGUGCCUCCUCCCACUCCCUACUUGGUCGCCAUGAAAUACAAUAUCAAGGGUGCCUACGACACUGCCCCGCCACCCGAAAGCUACGACGCUACCAGCUACAACAUUUUUCUUCCUCCUCCCAACACUAACGCCAAAGCGGGGAAUGGCGCCUACGUCUUCAAUUUAAGCUCCGUUGUGGAUGUGAUUCUGCAGAACGCCAAUACCCUCUUUCCCAAUCACUCCGAGGUCCAUCCAUGGCAUAUGCAUGGCCACGACUGCUGGAUUCUUGGCUACGGAGAAGGCGCAUUCGAUCCUCGGAAGGAUCCCCAAACAUUCAACCUUGUCAAUCCUCCCCUUCGUAACACAGUGCCCUUGUUUCCAUACGGAUGGACGGCCGUCCGAUUUGUAGCGGAUAAUCCUGGUGCAUGGCUUUUCCAUUGCCAUUUGGAGGCCCAUUUGUUUAUGGGAAUGGGCAUCAUCUUUGCAGAGGGUAUAGACAAAGUCGGGACAAUACCGACAUCCACCAUGGGAUGUGGUCUCACGAAAGGAUCUAAAUACUAG